GUUUUAUGAAUUUCUGGGAAACACAUCAUCGCAUUUUCACACACAGUUGUUCAAGAAGCUUCACGAUGGUGUCCAAGAACCUAUCCGAAAUCGAUGCGAUUUUUUCCUCGAAAGGGACCAACAACAGCACUACCGGGAAGAAGGCCAAAGCGCGGCCACCAGACCAUCCAGGGCCGUCGGACGGGGAGGGGUCGAAGACGGGCCGGAGCCGAGCGAGUGGAGCGUCGGACGGGAAAGCACUAGCGUCAGGGGAAGAGCGAAGGCUGAACAACAAGAAGAAGAUCCCCAGCCUGCACGACCGGCCGGCCCUCAAGCGACGAGCCGAGGAGGAGCCAUCCGUCGAGGUCCUCCUCGACCCCUCCCAGGCCCUCCUCCACCCUCCUCCCGCCCUCGACCCCAACUGCUUGAAGAAGAAGAAAAAGAAGGGCAACGGGCUUCCUUCCACUCUCGAUCUAGACGACGAACAGGAACGCGCUUUCCGCGACUCCAGGGGCACACGAGCGAAAACCGAGGACGGAUUGAUGAUCUAUUCGGUCGAGGAACUCAAGAUCGGACUAGGCCAAGAUACACCAGAGUGUCCAUUCGAUUGCCAAUGCUGUUUCUGAGACAAAAGAUCCACACAUUCCUCCAGAGAAAAGCAGAUGUACAACGGAUAUAAUGGCCAUCAUCAAAAUGUAACAACAGUGAUCCCAUUCGAAUGAAAAUGAGGGAGGAGUAGGAAGAUAUGUG